AUGCUUCCUCUGAGGAACCGGUGCCAGCGGACGCUUCCUCUGGGGAACGGUCUCGAGUUUGGUUGGGAGAUGGGUGGCAGGAGUUGCUGCGUCUGCAACGAGGCGCCGUUCAAGUACAAGUGCCCCUCCUGCCGCACGCCCUAUUGCUCUGUCACAUGCUUUAAAAAGCACAAAGAGGAAUCUUGCCAAAAAACGUUGCCUCAGGAAGAAAUUAGCAAGUCACCACUGCAGCUGCAGGAGGAAGUUACACUGAACACCACAUGCACUGCAAAGUCUCUAAAUACAGCGUGCCCUACAAAAGUUCUUGAAGCUGAGGACCCAAGCUGGCUUGUUGACAACAAUAGACUAAGGUCUUUAGCGGAACUGAAAGGGAUCCAAGAUGCUCUCAGGGAUCCUGAACUGCAGAAAAUGAUACUUAAAAUUGAUGGGUCUUCAGAACCAGAAAAAGAAUUGGAGAGAGUGAUGGAAGGUCAAGCUUUUCGCGAGUUCACUAAUAAGAUUCUUGACAUUGUCAGCCCACAAGAAUAA